AUGCCCAACCGGCUGGGAAUCGGGUCCAUGUCCCUGGGCCGUCCAGGGAUUCACGAUCUCCCCGGGAAACUCCACCAGGCCUCGCGCUAUGGAUACGAGGGCAUUGAGCUCUUCAUCGACGACCUCGACCAUCUCGCUCGCACCGACUUCGACGGCUGCAACAUCGCCGCCGCCCACGAGGUGCGCCGGCUCUGCGACGCCCUCCACCUCUCCAUCAUCUGCCUGCAGCCCUUCGGCUUCUACGAGGGCCUCCUCGACCGCAGCCAGCACGAAUACCUCGUCACCCAGAAACUCCCGCACUGGUUCCGCCUCGCCCACAUCCUCAACACCGACCUCAUCCAGAUCCCCUCCAACUUCCUCCCGCCAGACCCAACAACCCACCUCCCGCGCACCACCGGCGACCCGGCCCUCAUCGUCGCCGACCUGCAGCGCGUCGCCGACCUCGGCGCCGCCCAAUCCCCGCCCCUGCGCUUCGUCUACGAGGCCCUGGCCUGGGGCAACCACAUCGACACCUGGGAAGCCUGCUACGCCGUCGUCGAGCGCGUCAACCGGCCCAACUUCGGCAUCUGCCUCGACUCCUUCAACCUGGCCGGCCGCGUCUUCGCCGACCCGGCCUCGCCCACCGGCACGACCCCGACCGCCCACGCAGACCUGCGCGCCUCGCUCGCCCGCCUCCGCUCCACCGUCGACGUCGCCAAGGUCUUCUACCUCCAGCUCGUCGACGCCGAGCGUCUCGCCGCCCCGCUCGACACCCGCCACCCCUUCCAUGUCCCCGGCCAGCCGCCGCGCAUGAGCUGGUCGCGCAACGCCCGCCUCUUCCCCUUCGAGGAACACCGCGGCGGUUACCUCCCCGUCGUGGACGUCGCCCGCGCCUUCUUCGACCUCGGCUUCGAGGGCUGGGUGUCGCUGGAGCUGUUCUCGCGGACCUUGGCGGAUCCGGACCCGUCCGUGCCGGAGGCGCAUGCGAGACGCGGGUAUGAGUCGUGGAGGAAGAUGGUGGAAGUGUUGGAAUUGGAGGGUCCGGCUCCACCACGGGCUUUGUUGGAGGGGUCGGAGGUUGCGUCGGAGUUGAAGUCGUCGAAGUCGUCGGCGGCGGUGGCGUUGGAGGUACAGCAUCGAUUAUGA